AUGAGGCUGAAGCGCAAAAUAGUAGACAAAUUUGUCUGUUUACACCCACCAAGGCUCUUCGGCAACUGUGCAGGGCGAUUCAGCCUAGAUGGCAACCUUGCAUACCCAAUAGAUCUCACAGAGGGUAGAAAGCUCUUCGAUUAUUGUGCAUUGUCUUACGCCGACCUUCUAUGUGAUAUUUGCUUUGCUGUGCGCUAUUUAUCCCAGCGUGCCGGUUGGCGGAUCAGAGUCUACGAAAACCUCCGAGCAUGUCCGGAGGUAGAGUAUAUCAAGGAUUUCAAGAAUACAAGUGAGCAGGGAUGUGAGUUGUGUAGUUUUAUUUUAGGAUCCAUCCUGCAUUUCAAUCCUUCCUCGGCGGGGGAUGCGACGGUUGUCAUCGACGUGUACGCCCCAGGCCAAGCCGAGUUGUUGCUCCCGUCAAUAUACGAAACGAUUCAGCUUUACACGCCAAUAGGACACUCACCUGCGUGGGAGGGCAUUGUGGUAGGCCCCGAGCUCAGUCAUCAGCGGGACUCGGAAGACGCGUAUAGGUUCAUUGAGGCAUGCCUUGCAAAGUGUGAUCAACAUUCAACGUGUAAACCUGUAUUAGCUUCCGUUCCAACUCAGCUUAUUGACGUAGGUCAACUUGAAUGCAACGAAGUUCGACUUGCGGACACGUUUUCCUCAUGUGAGAAUGAGUACAUUGCCCUUAGUUAUUGCUGGGGCAGAGUCGACAGCCUCAAAACCGCAGCGUCAAAUUACGAAUCCAUGAAAAGAGAAAUACAAGUUUCCUGCCUCCCGAGACCCAUUCAAGAUGCGAUCAUGGUAACGCGGCGGCUGAAGCAUCGCUACCUAUGGGUUGAUGCAAUAUGUAUCAUCCUGGAUUCGGCCGCCGACUGGAAAAUCGAAAGCAGCAAAAUGGCAUGUGCAGCAGAGGGCUUUCUCCAUUAUAAACAUCCCCUAGCUGAAAGCAGGCCUCCCCUGUCGGUGGAAUGGAAAAGCGCCGCAGGGCAACAGACUGUCCUGGGCGCGAGAACUAUACCUGCUCGAUCAUCGCACACGACCGACUCAGAUGGUCUCGAGACCCCGCCACUAUGGUGUCGAGGCUGGACACUACAGGAAAGUAGCCUCUCGAGAAGAGUAUUCACAUACAAUAGCGAGGAGCUAUGGUGGUCCUGCCUGGGUGGCUUAGCCUGCGAAUGCAAGGUAUUUGAUAGCAUUCCCGCCGAGGAUAGACCCUUUUCAGAUCAGGUGGUUUGUUCCAUAGACAAGACACGAGAGGCGUACCGGAAAUGGCACGAUGUGGUCGAGGAAUAUACCAACCGCCAGCUGACGGAGCCGCUAGACAGACUUCCCGCGAUAUCUGGCAUAGCACAUGUGUUCCAGAGGAUCACCAACUCCCAAUAUAUUGCCGGACUAUGGCCAGACAACUUGAUUCCCCGAUCUUGGCUUGGAAGGCGCUGGGUGACCGCCGAGUGGUGCGCGGUAGUCCACACUGGAGCAACAGUGCUAGGAUUGAAUCCCCUGGGUCGGGUGCAAAGUGCGUACGCGACGCUGCGAGGGCUGCUCGAGAUCUAUGUUGUUUCCAGGGGGAGCGCAGAGCUCCGACCCUACGUUGAUAUGGCUCUGGAGAGCUUCGUGGCGGUUAAUACAGAAGAUGUCAUGGAGACCUCCAUUCGUCAAGCCCCAUUGAAGUCGUCCAAGAAACGCAUCGAGUCACCGACACCGGUCUACCUACUUUAUCUUGGGUAUUGGCUGGGCGAGCGGCCGGCACGCAGCCAGCAUCUGCAAUGGCUAUCCCAUGCCUAUCUACUUCUCGGGAAGUCCCCGGCUGAUAUGAGCAAGUACGAGCGGCUCGGGCUUGUGAGUGAACAUUUUUUUGCUAGAAGCUAG